AUGUCUUAUUCUAAAACUGGGAAAAAGACCCAAAGACCUCAGCCAAUCCGAAACAGAGCAGCUCCACCUUUAGAGCAAUUUCAGCUUAACGACAACUAUGAUCUACAAAGAUGAAAUGUUAUCAACAUGCAAUAUAACUCCUUAUUCAGAGAAAAGCCAGAAAACCCUAAUAAAUCCAAUCAAUCUCCAAACUCGUCUUUUUCUAAAUCUCUUGACAGAUCAGCAAAGCGCUUUGAUAAUCUUCCAAAGCCUACUUCUGAAGAACUCAAAGCAAGAUAUUAUCAUAUUCCUCAAUUGGUGGUAGAGAAUGGAGAAUUUAAUGACCUUCCUAAACCGAAAUUUAUUUUGGAAGAAGCUGAGCGAAAGGUCGCCAAAAGGACAGAAGGGAUUGACCAAAAUAGUUUACCUUAUGAGGUAUAUCUGAGAAGAAUGGUCCAAGAAAUUCAUUUAAUAAAGCUAGAAGAUAAAGAAAAUCAAUGGAAAAAUGAACUAGCCCAAGCUGAAGAAGCACUCAGAAGAGUCAAAGAAAGAAAAGACGAGCUCGAAAGCUUAGUGAAAAACAGGCAAGCCCACAAGCUUAUUGAGUCUGAAGGCAGCAAAGAGAUAUCAAAGCUGCUUGAAUUAAAAGCAAAAGUUCAAAAUGAUAUCGAAAAAAUCGAUGAAGCUAAAGGAAUCCUAAAUAGCGAAGUAGACAACUUGCAUAAAGAACUCGAAGAACUCUCAGAUCAAUUCUCUCAUAGAGAAGCCCAUUUAUCUGAUCAAAUAGAAGCUAUAAGCAAAAGAUUGACUAUGAGUGAUAAUGAAAGGAUUGAAAAUAUGGCUAAAGAAAAAACUCUUCUUUUAAGCAAGCAAAAUGAGUUAAUUUUACGAAAACAAGAAGUCUAUGAAAAAUGAGAACAAGAAAAUAAACAGCUUGUCGCGAUUUAUGAACAAACUGAAGAUAAAAAAGCAGUUAUUACUCAAGAGCUGCAAGAGCUGCAGAUGCAGAAAGACAAACUGGAAGCAGAAAGAGAAGAAUUUGAAAGAGAAAACGCGAAGUUUGAAGAAGAAAUGCAGAUUAUUACAAAUAAUCAGCACACUUUAAUUUUACAUAAUAAAUUUCAAGAAAAAGCUAAAUCUCCAGAACUUGCACAAAAAAUAACCGAAACAGUCCAAAAAGCAGCUGGGAUGAUAUUAGAAAUAAUGAAAGAAAAUAACUAUAUAAGUCCAUCUCAGAUUUCAUCAGCUCUUUAUACAGAAGACGAUAGAAAUGAAACUGCUAUUUCGAGUAAGCAAGGAAUUUUGAAAGAUAUUCUUCUACAGCUAAAGCUUAAGCAAGACUCUCGUAUGGAAGAAAUUGAUAAAAACAGCAGUGAACAAGCGUCAGUAUUAAAUUCGAGAAUUGAAGAAGAAAAAACCAGACGGUCAAGAUCUCCGUCACCCAUUUCUAGAACUCCUAAAACCCCAAUAAAUGAAGGAAAAACUACUGCGUCUUUGAGGCUUAAUAAUUUAUCUCAAAGGAUUAAUAAUUCUAUGUCAAAAAGCCUGAACUCCACAUUUAAUAUGAAGAGCAACCGAUCAAUGAUUAACCUUGAUCUCUAA